UGAAAAGAAAAUAUCAGCAUUAGGGUUGGUCGGGUCGCUGGUCCUUUUCUUCACCCUCCACUCGCUCUCUCUCUCUCUCUCAUUCAUUCUUGCUUCGAUUCCAGAACUUGCAGCACGAAAAUUCGCAUCGCUCUCAUCUUCAUCUUCACUCACUGAAAGGGAACUAUUGGAUAUCAGUGACUUGUUCUUAUGUUGUGACAGUCAUAGGCAUCUAUGUCAAACUAAACUAAAUUGACUCCACUCUGAUCAUCAUGGCUGGAUUGUUGCUUGGUGAUAUCUCUCAUCAUGGAUCAUAUCAAAGUGGUUCACAAGGAGGCUCUCAGGACAAUCAAGAGUAUGGUUCUCGUUGGUACUUUUCUAGGAAGGAGAUCGAAGAAAAUUCACCUUCCAAACAAGACGGUGUAGAUUUGAAGAAAGAAGCUUACCUACGCAAAUCAUACUGUACAUUUCUACAAGACCUAGGCAUGAGACUUAAAGUACCUCAGGUAACUAUUGCCACAGCAAUAAUUUUUUGUCAUCGGUUCUUUCUUCGGCAAUCCCAUGCAAAGAAUGACAGGAGGAUCAUUGCUACCGUGUGCAUGUUUCUUGCUGGGAAGGUUGAAGAAACUCCUCGCCCUCUAAAAGAUGUUAUUCUUGUUUCAUAUGAAAUUAUACACAAGAAGGAUCCUGCAGCUGUUCAGAGAAUCAAACAGAAGGAUGUGUAUGAACAGCAGAAAGAAUUAAUUUUACUUGGAGAGAGGGUUGUUCUUGCAACUCUUGGUUUUGAUCUUAAUGUGCACCAUCCUUACAAACCUCUUGUUGAGGCAAUUAAGAAAUUCAAAGUUGCUCAAAAUGCUCUUGCUCAAGUUGCAUGGAAUUUUGUUAAUGAUGGGCUUCGGACAUCUCUUUGCCUGCAGUUUAAACCCCAUCACAUUGCAGCUGGAGCCAUAUUCCUUGCUGCGAAGUUCCUCAAGGUGAAGCUCCCAUCAGACGGGGAAAAGGUUUGGUGGCAAGAGUUUGAUGUCACUCCCCGCCAGUUGGAGGAAGUUAGUAAUCAAAUGCUGGAGCUAUAUGAACAAAACCGAAUGGCACAGUCAAAUGAUGUUGAAGGAACCACAGGAGGUGGCAACAGGGCAACUCCAAAAGCUCCAACUAGCAAUGAUGAAGCUGCAUCCACAAACAGAAAUUUGCAUAUCGGAGGUCCAAGUUCAACACUUGAAACAUCAAAACCUGCAACAUCUAAAAAUGUUUUUGUGUCAUCUGCUAAUCAUGUGGGACGCCCUGUAUCGAAUCAUGGUGUAAGUGGAAGCACCGAAGUGAAACACCCGGUGGAAGAUGAUGUCAAAGGCAAUCUACAUCCUAAACAGGAACCUUCAGCAUAUGAGGAAAACAUGCAGGAAGCUCAAGACAUGGUGAGAUCUCGAUCAGGUUAUGCCAAAGGUAAUCAACAUCCUAAGCAGGAACCUUCAACAUAUGAGGAAAAAAUGCAGGAAGCUCAAGACAUGGUGAGAUCUCGAUCAGGUUAUGGCAAAGAGCAAGAGAGCAACGUUGGGAGAAGCAACAUUAAGGAGGAAGAUGUUGAAUUGAAUGAUAAACAUAGCAGCAAGAACCUAAAUCACAGAGAUGCUACAUUUGCCUCGCCGAAUCUGGAAGGCAUUAAAAAAAUCGAUAGGGACAAGGUAAAAGCUGCAUUAGAGAAACGAAAGAAAGCAACUGGUAAUAUUUCUAAGAAAACUGAGUUAGUGGAUGAUGAGGAUCUGAUUGAGAGGGUCAGGGAACUCGAAGAUGGAAUUGAAUUGGCUGCUCAGAGUGAGAAGAAUAAACAGGAUGGACGGAAAAGCUUGUCUAAGUCCUUAGACAGAUCAGCUUUUGAGAAUAUGCAGCAUGGAAAACAUCAAGAUCAUUCAGAAGAGCAUCUCCAUUUGGUGAAGCCAUCACAUGAAGCAGAUUUAAGUGCUGUAGAAGAAGGGGAGGUGUCUGCACUUGAUGACAUUGACCUGGGACCCAAGUCAAGCAACCAGAAGAGAAAAGUAGAGAGCUCCCCUGAUAAUUUUGUGGAGGGGAAAAAGCGGCAUAAUUAUGGUUCCGGAUCUACCCACCAUAAUCGCAUUGAUUAUAUAGAAGAUCGAAACAAGGUCAACCGGCUGGGACAUGCUGAGAGGGACAGCAAAAGGCAUAUACAGGAAAACCAAGUUUGAUGCAGUGUUUUAGUGUGUUUAAUUAUGUGCAUUUACCAUCUUGAAUCGCGUACUUAAAGCUACUAUUUGUAGCUUCAACUUUACGUCGCUUGCGUGAUUGCACUAGUUUCCAAAUACACUGUUAGUGUGGCCGAGCCUGUCUCAUUGUUUUCAAGUCUUGUCUGGGUAUACACAUGCUUCUUGGAAAAGAUCCUGGAAUGCUCUCAACUCUAAUAAUCCAACUGCCUCUGCUGCCCACCAAAUCCCCCAGGGCAUGGGAAUUUAACUAGAUAGAAGGUAAUUUGAACUAAUUUAGUUCGGUGAAGGAUCAAUUCCAUUUCAUGGAUACAUGGGGAAACUUGUGUUGUUGAAAGUGAGAUUUUGUUUAAAUUAAGGAUGGACUUAUAAUAGAACGUCUAUAUUCCUGUGGGAUCAUAGAUCUAUUAUUUAUAUCAUUAUUGUCCAUGUGAAAUCAUAGUUAACUAGUUGUGAUGAUAA